AUGGUUUGGACGAAAUCCACUUGUGUUCUCUCUUUCACCUUGUUUUUUGCCCACAUAGCAGCUGUAUCAAUUAAGCAUCUCUCUAAAGGAAAUGUACAUGAUGAAGAGUUUCAUGAACAGAAGGAUAUUUCAGAAAUCAACUUAGCUGCGGGCUUGGACCUCUUUCAAGGAGACAUCCUCCUGCGAAACUCCAGAAAUGGCCUGAGAGACCCUAACACCAGGUGGAAGUUCCCCAUUCCUUACAUUCUGGCUGACAAUCUGGGACUGAAUGCCAAAGGAGCCAUUCUUUACGCCUUUGAAAUGUUCCGCCUCAAGUCCUGUGUGGAUUUCAAGCCCUAUGAAGGAGAAAGCUCAUAUAUCAUAUUUCAGAAGUUUGAUGGGUGCUGGUCUGAGGUUGGCGAUCAACAUGUGGGACAGAACCUUUCUGUUGGCCUGGGAUGUGACUAUAAGGCCAUCAUUGAACAUGAGAUCCUCCAUGCUUUGGGACUUUACCAUGAGCAGUCAAGAACUGAUCGAGAUGACUAUGUGAACAUCUGGUGGGAUGAAAUUCUUCCAGGUUUCAAACACAACUUUGACACCUAUGAUGACACUGUCAUCACAGACCUCAACACGCCCUAUGACUAUGAGUCUUUGAUGCACUAUGAGCCUUUCUCAUUUAACAAGAAUGACAGUGCUCCUACCAUCACGGCCAAGAUCCCUGAGUUUAACACCAUCAUUGGGCAGCGUCUGGAUUUCAGUGUCACUGAUUUGGAGAAGCUGAACCGAAUGUACAAUUGCACCACAACUCACACACUUUUGGACCACUGUGCUUUUGAGAAGGCAAACAUCUGUGGGAUGAUUCAGGGUACCAGGGAUGAUGCUGACUGGGUCCAUGAGGACAGCACUCAUUCUGGACAAGUGGAUCACACGUUGGUGGGACGAUGCACGGGAGCCGGCUACUUCAUGCACUUCAGCACCAGCUCGGGGAUGGCAAAAGAGGCAGCCCUGCUGGAGUCUCGGAUUCUCUACCCAAAGAGGAAGCAGCAGUGCCUGCAAUUUUUCUAUAAAAUGACAGGAAGCCCUUCAGAUCAACUGGUCAUCUGGGUCAAGAGGGAUGACGGCACCGGCAAUGUUCGCAAGCUGGUCAAGGUGCAGACCUUCCAAGGAGAUUUGGACCAAAAUUGGAAAAUUGCCCAUGUGAUGCUCAGAGAAGAAAAGAAGUUUCGCUACAUGUUCCAGGGCACAAAAGGUGACCCCCAGAACUCAAAUGGGGGAAUUUACCUGGAUGAUAUCACUCUGACGGAAACCCCAUGCCCCACAGGCGUUUGGACCAUACGGAAUUUCUCCCAGGUCCUUCAGAACAUGGUUCCAGGGAAUAAGCUCCUGAGCCCUCGAUUCUACAAUUCAGAGGGAUAUGGUUUUGGGUUGACCUUAUACCCAAAUGGCAGAUUCAGCUCCAGUAGCUCUGGCUACUUGGGACUUGCUUUUCACCUGUGCAGUGGGGAGAAUGAUGCUAUCCUGGAGUGGCCAGUGGAAAACAGACAGGUGGUAAUGACCAUCCUCGACCAGGAACCUGAUGCCAGGAAUAGAAUGUCCUCAAGCAUGGUGUUCACUACCUCCAAGUCCCAGACAUCUUCAGCAAUAAAUGACUCCGUCAUCUGGGACAGGCCAUCCAUCGUGGGAUCCUAUGAUAAGGACUGUGAUUGUUUUAGAAGCAUUGACUGGGGCUGGAGUAGUGUCAUCUCCCACCAAAUGCUAAGAAGGAAGAGUUUCCUUAAAAAUGACGACCUUAUACUUUUUGUGGACUUUGAAGAUAUCACCUACCUUAACCACACUGAAGUUCCAACUCAAAACACAAGGCUGAUUCCCCAAGGCCUUGUUCUCCAGGACCAGGAGCAGCAGGCCUCAGAAGAAGGUUUGGGAAAGGUCUUGUUAGAGAAAGCGCUCCCCAGCAGCCUGGAUCAGGGGCAGCCCAGCCGACAGAAGCGGUCAGUAGAGAACACAGGCCCUCUGGAAGACCACAACUGGCCACAGUACUUCAGAGAUCCGUGUGACCCGAAUCCUUGCCAAAAUGAAGGCAUCUGUGUGAACGUGAAGGGGAUGGCGAGCUGCAGGUGUGUCUCCAGUCAUGCUUUCUUCUACACGGGGGAGCAUUGUCAGGCCAUGCAAGUGCACGGCAGCAUCCUGGGCCUGCUGAUCGGAGGCACGGCCGGCGUGAUCUUCUUGACCUUCAGCAUCAUCUCCAUCCUUUCUCAAAAGCCAAAGUAG